ACAACCCGUCAAAUAAAAGGCAUCGCUUUGAUUCUGGCCACUUAAUUUUUUUUUUUAUUGCAAACUGUUUAAAUUACAUUAAAUGUAAAACACAAUAAUUAGUUGUAGCGUCUGUUUUGUGAAUGUCUGUUGAACAUAUACGGAAAUUAAUUACGUGUGCAUAUGAUACAUUAUUGAAAGAACGUUAAUUCAUCCAAACAAAAUAUAUCCAAGGCAAAGACUCAUUUGAAACAACGUUUAACGUGUCGACCAUGGAAGCAGCGACAGCGACUCUGGUUGGCGAACCACAGAUGCCAACGGCGCCAGAGCUGCCCACGACAUCACCCAAUGGUAGCAACACUUCCUCCGCCGGUACGUCGGAUCGCGUGGACACCGACAAUAUUGGCUGGACUCGGGAUAAAACAACAACUGAAAACACAUCGGAGUUGCGGGCAACGUCAUAUUCCUUCACAGGCAGCGCUCUAUCCAGCGGUAACGUUGCAGACCUCAAUGAAACGGGCGCUUCUGGUGCGACGCCGUCGUCAACUCCAAAUGAACCGAGCAACGACAAAGACAAGGAGCAAAAUGAUGAAUCGCUGUACGAGUGCAAUAUCUGUUUGGACACAGCCAAGGAUGCUGUGGUUAGUAUGUGUGGCCAUUUGUUCUGUUGGCCCUGCUUGCACCAGUGGUUGUUGACGCGACCAAAUCGCAAACUCUGUCCCGUUUGCAAGGCAGCCGUUGACAAAGACAAAGUAAUACCGCUCUACGGUCGCAAUAGUACGCGCCAGGAGGAUCCCCGUAAUAAGGUGCCGCCACGUCCCGCCGGACAGCGUACAGAGCCAGAGCCAGCACCGGGCUUCUUAGGGUUUGGCUUUGGAGAUGGAUUUCACUUGUCAUUUGGUAUUGGUGCUUUUCCUUUUGGAUUUUUUACAUCUACGCUCAAUUUGGGCGAACCACGUCCGGCACCUGCUAAUCGUGGUACCACACAGUACGAGGAUGAGCAGACACUGUCCAGACUAUUUAUAUAUCUCGCCUUUCUCUGCAUCGGGUGGCUGCUAUUUGCCUAGCAACUUUUCCGCACCACGGCAAUUCAAUGAACACAACCCAACAACACCUUCAAAGGAAUCAAUAGGAAUAGCAACAACAGUAACAACAACAACAAAAAAAUGAAAUAAAGGCAACAACUCAAUAACAUACCCGGAAUACCGCUAAAACCAAAACAAC